AUCUAGCUUGAGAGUUCUCUGCCUACAACAUACAGCCUUUUACUGCUUCUCAAUAUGAGUUUACGACACGGAUCUGGAUCAGGCAAGGGGAAGGGAUGCGUUGGGGGUGUUAGCUCAUCUUCAACUAUUAGGGUGUCUUCUGGAAAGCACAGCUCUGGUGGAGUGUAUGGUGGUGGAGCAUCAUGUGGUAACUAUGGUGGAAGCAUGACACGUUGCCAUGUUGGAAGUAGUGGAAGUGUGGGUGCUGGUAUUGGUGGAGAAUAUUGCAUUGGAGGUGGGUCUGGCUUUGGUGGUGGGUCUAGCUUUGGUGGUGGUGCAUGUUAUACUGGUGGUUGUGUCGGUGGUUACUCUGGCCAUGGAGGAGGCUUUGGAUUUGGAGAUGACCAUGGAUUGCUCUCAGGCAAUGAGAAGGUAACAAUGCAGAAUCUCAAUGAUCGUUUGGCAUCAUACCUACACAAAGUACGUGAAUUGGAGGAACAGAAUGCUGAACUGGAGAAAAAGAUCCGACAUUGGUAUGAGACACAUUGCCCCAAGCCAGCCCAAGACUACAGUCACUACUACAGAACAAUUGAGGAUUUACAGAAAAAGAUCGCUGACGCCUCUCGGGACAAUGCCUGCAUCGUCUUGCAGAUUGACAAUGCUAGGUUGGCGGCAGAUGAUUUCAAAAUCAAGUAUGAAACUGAGCUCUGCCUCCGCCAGUCAGUAGAAAGUGAUAUCAACGGCUUAAGAAGAGUGAUGGACGAUCUGAACCUCAGGAGAUGUGACCUGGAGAUGCAGCUGGAAUGCCUGAGGGAGGAAUUAGCUGCUCUAAAGAAAAACCACGAAGAGGAGAUGAAGGUGCUGAGAGGACAGGUGGCUGGUACAGUCAAUGUAGAUAUGAAUGCAGCACCUAGCAUUGACUUGCAGAAGGUUCUGGAUGAAAUGAGAUGUGAAUAUGAGCAACUUGUAACCAAGAACCAAAGGGAGAUUGAAAGGAGAUUCCAGGAACAGACAGAAGAGGUGACCAAGCAGAUGUGCUCUAGCAGUCAGGAGUUCCAGUGUGUCCAGACAGAAAUUAUUGAGUUAAGGCGUACCAUUCAGACCUUAGAGAUCGACCUGCAGUCUCAGUUGAGCAUGAAAGCUGCUCUAGAAGGAAGUCUAGCAGAGACAGAGGGACGGUAUUGUUGUCAGCUCGCUCAGCUCCAGGCCUUGAUCCAGAAAGUUGAAGCUGAGCUGUCAGAGAUCCGUUGUGAAAUGGAAAACCAGAGCCAGGAAUAUAAGACACUUCUUGAUAUAAAAUCACGCCUGGAGCAGGAGAUCUGCACUUACCGCACCCUACUGGACGGCUCAGGAACCCAAAUAUCAAGUGGGUCCUGUGAUCAAUCGUACUCGUCCAAUUGCGCAUCAGGAUCUCAGACUGAUAAGCAAGGUGGUGGAGCUUAUUAUGUCAAAACUCAAGUACAAGACAAUGAUGGGCGAGUGGUCUCUUCCCGCGACCACCAAUAUCAUUCUAUUCAAAGAAAGUGAGCGUCUAAGAACUUCGAACGCACUCUUUUGCUCAAUGUUCGGUGGAUACAUAUUCUUGCACAGUGUCUCAUGACCGGACCUCCCUUCUCCUGCUGUUUAAAUUAAAAUGCUAUACUGGUUGCACCAUAUGUCUUAAUUUUAUGAUCUCACUGUUGUCUAUAAAUAUGUUUAGAUAAAAAAAAUACAUUUUAGAACUGAUAAAUAGCCAUCCAGUGCAACAGAUACAGAAAACAAGAGAAUAAAAUAACCAUCCAAUUCAAUCGCUAGCUAUCAGAAGACCUAUAUGAUAUAUUACUUGAAUCCUGUACUUCCUUUUAAUUGGGAUUGUAAAAAGCUUCAUUCAGAACAUGUGCCCAGUAUAACAUUCUUUUUUGCUUACUUUAUCUGUCAGCGAACGCUGGUCUAUUUGAAGUCUUUAUUAAAGCUUAGCUACAUGACUUUUAUUGCAAA